CGCCAUUUCAGGGUUUUGGUUCGUUAAUUUUAAUCUGCACUGAAAAACUUAGAAAAUGGCGUCUGUCAUGGCGAUACGGAGCGCACGAAGCCAGAGGCUUUCUUCUUUGUUGAAGGUACGCUAUCGGUCUUUGAAUUCCUUUUAUCUGAACAAUCUUCAGACCAGCUCCGACAAAACCCUAACCCAAAAUAUAUCAAAACCCCUUAGUACAUCCGCUGCGCCAAAUGAGUACCCACCACCACAUUCACACUCGCCGUUGCCUGAUUCUAGGGUUUUUCACAACCAGAGGAGUGGUGAUAGUGGUCAGUGGGCCACUCAACAGGGCCAAAGUCAGGGGAAUUUUAGUAAAGAUCAGUUCAAUUAUCCAAACAGUAGAUACCCUAAUCAGGGACAGCGAUAUCCUAAUCAAGGACAGGGAUAUCCUCAACAACAGCAGCAAUAUAAUACUUAUCAGUAUCCGUAUCAAAACCCUAAUAAUCAGAACUAUCAGGAACCCGGAAACCCAAAUCAGUGGAACCGUCGUAGCUCUAGUCAGGUGAAUAUUUCUAAUCAGAACUAUCAGCAACCCGGAAACCCAAAUCAGUGGAACAGUCAAACCUCUAGUCAGGUGAAUAUUCUUAACCAGAACUAUCAGCAACCCAGAAGCCCUAAUCAGUGGAACAAUCAACAAUGUCAGGGUUACCCACAAGCAAGAAACCCUAACCAGUGGGAUGGUAAUUUGAAUCAGGCUCAUAUUAGUAGUCCCAGUCCAGCUCCGGCUCCGGCCCCUGCUCUGGCUCCUUCUUUUGAUGAGUUGGCACGGUUGUGUCAGGAAGGGAAUGUUAAGGACUCUAUUGAGUUGAUGGAUAAAGGUGUUAAAGCUGAUGCUAAUUGUUUUAAUGCUUUGUUUGCGUUGUGUGGAAAUGCAAAGUCAUUUGAGAAUGCUAAAAAGGUUCAUGAUUACUUCUUACAAUCGACGUGUAGGGGAGAUAUGGUUUUGAAUAAUAAAGUGAUUGAAAUGUAUGGAAAGUGUGCGAGUAUGACUGAUGCCCGAAGGGUGUUUGAUCACAUGCCAGAUAGGAAUAUGGAUUCGUGGCAUUUGAUGAUGAAUGGGUAUGCAGACAACGGUUUGGGAGAUGAGGGUUUGCAGUUAUUCGAACAGAUGAGGAAGUUGGGGUUGAAACCAAAUGAGCAGACUUUUCUUGCUGUUUUCUCUGCUUGUGGUAGUGCAGAUGCUAUUGAAGAAGGUUUUAUACAUUUUGAGUCUAUGAAGAAUGAGUUUGGGAUCAAUCCGGGGAUUGAGCAUUACAUAGGGCUGAUUGGCAUUCUUGGAAAAUCUGGGCAUCUUUAUGAAGCUCAAUGGUUCAUUGAGGAGAAACUGCCUUUUGAACCCACGGCAGAUAUUUGGGAUGCUUUAAGAUUUUAUGCUCGAAUUCAUGGAGAUAUUGAUUUAGAAGACCGGGCUGAGGAGUUAAUGGUUUAUCUUGAUCCAUCCAAGGCGAUUGCUAAUAAGAUCCCUACCCCACCACCUAAGAAGCGUACUGCAAUUAGCAUGCUUGAUGGGAAGAACAGAAUUCUUGAGUUCCGGAACCCAACUCUUUAUAAGGAUGAUGAAAAAUUGAAGGCAUUGAAACAAAUGAAGGAAGCGAGUUAUGUACCUGAUACAAGAUAUGUACUUCAUGACAUUGAUCAGGAGGCUAAAGAGCAGGCUUUGCUCUACCACAGCGAACGAUUGGCAAUAGCAUAUGGCCUUAUCAGUACUCCAGCUAGGACGCCUCUUAGGAUCAUUAAGAAUCUUCGUGUUUGCGGGGACUGUCAUAAUGCCAUCAAGAUCAUGUCCAAGAUAGUUGGGAGGGAAUUGAUUGUUAGGGACAAUAAACGUUUCCAUCAUUUCAAAGAUGGCAAGUGCUCUUGUGGAGAUUAUUGGUGAAGGUCUCUACUUCUAGGAUACAUAUCCACUCUGUUUACUCAUUAUUUGAAGUUAACUUCAUAAAGUGCCAAAUUUUCCAAGCUAUAUGAGUACUGAGGAAAGAAAAGGUUGCUAGUUGGUGGAAUUGAACUAUUCACUACUUUAUAAUAUGCACUCUGCUAAGUUAUAUGAAAAUUCCGUAAGAUUCACUCGGCCUUCUAUAGCCACCAUCUAUGCUGUGUACGUUUUCCCUAUUUUUGGAGGAUUGGAAGUCAUGAAUUGUACUUUAAAUAAUCUCAGUUUGUUUUUCCUUCUCAUGUACUCGUGCUUGCAUAGUGAUGGUAACAUUUUAUUUUGUCUUAGGUGGAUGGUUUUGAAGAAUUAAUUGUAAUCUGGAGUUUUAAAUGCUAAUAUGCCACAAGUAUAAUUAUAUUUCUAUA